AUGUAUUCGAGCAGUGCUUUUAUUUCAGCAUUUGGUACUAAUUGGUCUCCAAGAAUCCGAGAAGUGAAGAACCAUGCGAGAAUCUAUAUGGAGCCUAAACAGUACAAUAUGCCAUCAUGUAACUGUGCAACGUCAGCAACAUGUGUAGAAACAAUGAAUUUAACAAUCAAGUCGGGAUCAAUAUGGGCAGUGCCGGGAAUGUUUUCUGGUUGUGUACCAUUAGAUUCAAUGCUUCAAUCUACUUUAGAAUGCUUGUACGACCAAACAUGCCUUGAUAAAAUAAGUGAUGCACUUAAUUCCUCUAAACCUUAUAUUCCAUCACUCAUUGCUAAUCGUACUCGUUUUCAUCCGAUUAAUAUCACGAAAUUUGACAAUAUUGUAAAAGAAUUUUUCAUUGAGAACUGGAUUGAAAGCGUUUCUUUUGAGUCCUAUUUCAAUGCUUGUCAUACAGAUAAAUGUACGUAUACAAUUUCCAAACGUUUUAAAUUUGGGUAUAUCUCAUCUACAGUUAUCGCUUUUUAUGGUGGUCUUAGUGUUGGGCUGACUCUUGUUAUUCCUCUUGUCUUCAAAAUUGGUCAUAAGUGUCUCUUAAACCGAAACAGUCGACGAGUGGUAUCUAGCAACAUUUCUUAA